UAAGCACAAUAUACCAAGAUGUUUAAAGCUGUGUUUUUGUUUUUCGCCAUGUUGGCCGUAGCUUUCGCAGCACCCAGACCAGCUCCUGCACCACAACUACUUGCAGCUUACAGCGCUCCUGCUGCAGUAGUAUCUGAUGUCACUUAUACCGGUUAUCCUGCUGUAGCACCAGUAUAUUCAGCGGGAGUAGCUCCUGUUGCUUACUCAGCUCCUUUGGUUUACUACUGAGAUAACUUCACACAGAU